CAGGAAGAAGAUGAUAUACCUGCCAAUCACACAGGUCCAAAAGGUGUAAUUAAUGACUGGCGAAGGUUUAAGUUGGACAGUGUGGAACAGACUGCUCCUCAACGCAAGCGAGAGCUGCUCAGACAAAUGUCCACUCCAAGAGAGGAUGACAAGGAGAGACUCAACAGAAAGAUGAGUGUUCAGGAGUAUGAACUGAUCCAAGAGGAGGAUGAACAUUGCCUGAAACGUUACAGAAAACAGUGUAUGCAGGAAAUGCACGACCGCCUAAGUUUCGGUCCUAAGUUUGAAGGCAUCUACGAGCUCGACAGCGGAGAGGCUUUUCUGGAAGUCAUAGAGAAGGAGCAUCGUUUGACUGUAGUGGUAGUCCACAUUUACGAGAACGGUGUCAAAGGCUGUGAACAGUUGAACUCAUGUCUGGACUGUCUGGCUUCAGAGUACUCUACCGUUAAGUUUUGUCGUAUUGAUGCUGUGGCAACAGGCGCAGCUGAGCGCUUCUCCUCUGAGGUCCUUCCUGCCCUGCUGGUGUACAAGGCUGGUGAGCUAGUUGGCAAUUUCCUGUCUGUUACCAAACGCUUCACUGAAGAGUUCUUUGCGACGGACGUGGAGGGAUUUCUCAACGAAUACGGUCUCUUACCCGAGAAGGAUUUCGCAGCGUGUGUAGAUGAUGAAGACGAGGGAGGGGACGUAGAAUAG